UUUCACUUUCGCAAAAUACCCCCUCUCCUCUCCUUCACCUUUAAAAGAACCAGAUCAUUUCUAAAUCAAGCAAAAAAGGAAUGGGAUCAGACUUGUCCCUAAAGUCCUCACGUACCCUAUUUGAGGGAGAGGGUGGUUCUUACUACUCAUGGUCAAGCUCUGAUCUUCCCAUGCUCAAGGAGGCCAACGUCGGAGCCGGCAAAUUGGUUUUGAAACCCCUUGGUUUUGCUCUUCCGCACUAUGCUGAUUCUACUAAAGUUGGCUACGUUCUUGAAGGCAAAGGUGUUGCCGGACUGGUACACCCCCAGAAUCCGAAGGAGAAGGUAGUCAGACUCCAAUCAGGCGAUUUCGUUCAGGUACCCGUCGGCCAUGUUUCAUGGUGGUACAAUGACAGCGAAUCCGACCUCACCAUCAUCUUCCUCGGCGACACCUCUUCCGCUCUCAACCCCGGCGAGUUCACCUACUUCUUCUUGACCGGAAGCGCCGGGAUCUUCACCGGAUUCUCAACAGAAUUCAUCACGAAAUCCUUGAAGAUAGAAGCAGCAGCAGCGAAAAAGCUCUUCAGAAGCCAGCCUGGAUUUCUCAUUGUUAAACCUCAAGGACGGCUAGACUUUGAAGCGAAGAGUGUAGAACAACAAAGUGUGAAUGGUUUGUUCUCUGCUGAUAUUGUGAAGCUCGAGCCUGGUGAUGUGAAAGAAGGAGAUCUUGUCGUAGUUCCGAAAUUUGCCGUGGUUUCUGUGAUUGCCGGAGGCGAAGGGAUUGAGUGGUUCUCAAUUACCAUGAGUCCGCGGCCUGUGUUUGGAUUUUUAACAGGGAAGGAAUCGAUUCUUGAGGCUUUGUCUCCACAAGUGUUAGGAGCAUCUCUCAAUGUGGAUCAAUGUCUUCUGAAGAUUCUGAGCUCAAACGCAGAGAACUGAUGUCUUCUGUUUCUGUAAUAAACCGCAACUCAGAUGUGGAUGUUGUGAACUCAAAUAAUUCAUAUCAUAACUUUAGCCUUUUAUAUUUUCAGCCAAUGAAUUGAAAACUUGUGAUGAA